AUGUCUGAACCAGUCCCCAGCCCUCCUCCGUACCCAGGCAAGCCAGUUGACUUGGCCAUCACCAAAUCGUCACCACCACGACCUAUUUGGAAGAAGUGGUGGAUUUGGCUCUGCGCUCUUCUAAUCAUUGCAAUCGCUCUCGGAUUGGGAGUUGGCCUUGGCCUUGGAUUACGACACAAAAACGAGGAUAAUGAUACAGGAGGUGCACCACCCAACCUUCCAGGUAAUAACAAUACGAACGCCACCUCGGGCGCAUUAUGGACUCCUGGUGCUGGUACGACCUGGCAAAUAAUGCUGCAGCAUCCUCUCACGGACUUUUCGUCACCCAGUGUUUCCGCCUUUGACAUUGACCUUUUUGACAAUGAUGCCUCCAUCAUUACCGCUCUGCAUGAUAAGAAUCGGAAGGUCAUUUGUUACUUUUCCGCUGGAAGCUACGAAAACUGGCGUUCUGAUGCCAGUCAAUUCAAGAAAGAAGAUUACGGGAGAAAACUUGACGGCUGGAAAGGCGAAUUUUGGGUUGACACCAAUUCCAACAACGUUCGCAACAUUAUGAGUGCUCGACUUGCCCUUGCUGCCAGCAAAGGGUGUGAUGGUGUUGACCCGGACAAUGUAGAUGGAUAUGAUCACGACACGGGGCUCAGUCUUACAACUGCAAGCGCCAUCAACUAUCUCACCUUUCUGGCCCAAACCUCACAUAAUCUCAACAUGUCAAUAGGCCUGAAGAAUGCAGAUAAAAUUGUGAGCUCAACUGUCGAUACCUUGCAAUGGGUUGUCACCGAGCAAUGUGGCCAAUACAAUGAAUGCGCUGCCUAUCAACCUUUCAUUGCGGCAGGAAAACCUGUCUUUCGAAUUGAGUACCCAAAUUCUGCGCCAUCGAUUUCGACAGAUACGAAGAAUCAGAUAUGUAGUGCAAGCGGUGCACAUGGGUUCUCAACAGUGAUCAAGAAGAUGGAUUUAGAUGAUUGGGUAGAAUACUGUUGA